GGGCGAGCUCAGAGCUCCAUUGUUCUGUCCUCCUCCUCAUAAAGCGAGUGGCCCCGCUUCCCGGCACAGACUCCAGAGCCUGUCCAGAGCCUCCUCCACGAUGCUGCUGGUCCUGCUCACCGUGGCCCUGCUGGCCCUCAGCUCCGCUCAGAGCUCAAGUGAAGACGCCAGCUAUGAAGAAUCUUCAUCUUUAUUCUUAGAGGCCAAGCCCCCUCACCAGGGCCCUCAUAGACCGCCUCCUGGAGGACGCCCACCCAGACCUGCAUCUGACAGCGACGAAGAGGAUGGUCCACAGCAGGGACCCCCACAGCAGAGACCCCCACAUCAGAGACCCCCACAUCAGAGACCCCCACAUCAGAGACCCCCACAACAGGGACCCCCACAACAAGGAGGCCCACAGCAGAGACCCCCACAGCAGGGACCCCCACAGCAGGGACCCCCACAACAAGAAGGCCCACAGCAGGGACCCCCACAGCAGAGACCCCCACAGCAGGGACCCCCACAGCAGGGACCCCCACAGCAGGGACCCCCACAACAAGGAGGCCCACAGCAGGGACCCCCACAACAAGGAGGCCCACAGCAGAGACCCCCACAGCAAGGACCCCCACAACAAGGAGGCCCACAGCAGGGACCCCCACAACAAGGAGGCCCACAGCAGGGACCCCCUCAACAAGGAGGCCCACAGCAGAGACCCCCACAGCAACAGCAAAAUCGCCCUCCCCGUCCUGGAAAUCAGCAGGGACCCCCACCAUCAGAAGACAGCCAAUAAGAGACUGGCAGCCUUCGGGAAGUCCUGCAAUUGGAACACUGUGAUCGCAACUGCAUCUUCAGUAUUUCAAUAAAGUAAUCGGCAUGCAAUGUC